AUGUUCUUCCCAUCAUCGUCCGGGAAUAAGAAGCCCUCGGCUGCAGUGGCUGCUGCUGCCUCUAGCGGGUCUCCGAGCAGUGGCGAUCCCACCACUGACGCCAUCUCUGGGAAAUUCGAUCCGACCGCCUUAGAAAGAGGUGCCCAGGCCUUGAAGGAGCUGGACUCCUCCCCUAACGCCACCAAGGCCUUUGAGGUCAUCAAGCUGCAGGAGCAGAGCAAACAGAAGGAGUUCCAAACUGAAAUUGAACGGGCUCAGACACAACGAACCCAAAUGGGCCUUCAAAGGGCUCAGGUGGAGGCUGAGGAGAAGCGCAAGACCAUUGCUGAGCAACAAGACCAGGAGCGGAGGACUCAACAGUACAAGGCCCAGCUGGAGUCAGAACUCUACCAGAAGAAGCUCAUCGAUCAACAGAAGCAGAACGAAGACUGGCUGGCUCAGCAGCAUCAACAAUUUUUGAGGCAAGAAGAAAUUCGUAAGAAGAACGACGUGGAGGUUGAGGAGUCCCGACGCAGAACGCUAAUCGAGCAAAUGAAACUACAACGCGACAACGAUGUGGCUCGAGCCCAGGCUGAGGCAGAUGGACGUAUCAAGCAGGAGCGCGAGAAUGUCGAUGUCCACCUGCGAUCGAUGCGGGCCAAGGCAGCUGAGGAGCGCAAGACCAAGUUGGACACGAUCAAUGCCACGCUGGGCUCCCUUGGUUCGGGUUUCCGGGCCCUCCUCGAUGAUAAGACCAAGAUGACGGCAUUGGUCACUGGUCUUACCGCUGUGGCCCUGGGUAUUUACACUGCUAAGGCCGGCACCAGAGUUGCUGGCAAUCUCUUGGAGAAGAGGUUGGGCAAGCCCCCGCUGGUCCGUGAGACCAGUCGCAAGUCGUGGAGCAGAGCUCUUGGUCUGGGCCGACCAGCUAGCACUAACAUGUUGGAGAAGAUAGUGCUGCAGGAUGAGCUGGCCGAGCGUCUGCAGUGGACCACGAACUCAAUCAUCAACGCUAAGAAGAAUGGCACUCCGUUCCGCCACCUUAUGCUGUAUGGUCCUCCGGGUACUGGUAAGACCCUCUUCGCUCGGACACUGGCCCUCCAGUCGGGUCUUGAUUACGCUAUAAUGACGGGUGGUGAUGUUGGUCCCUUGGGGAAGGACGCGGUCGAUGAGAUGAAUCGCCUGUUCGCCUGGGCUAACUCCAGCAAGAAGGGCCUCAUCCUGUUCAUCGACGAGGCCGAUGCCUUCCUGAGGCGUGGCCGAAUGUCGAGUUCCAGUAACAUGUCCGAGGACGCUCGUAAUGUUCUGUCGGCCUUCCUGGCACACACUGGUACUGAAAACGACAAAUUCAUGGUGGUCCUCGCCACCAACGUCCGAGAGGUCCUGGACCGAGCUGUCCUCGAUCGUGUGGAUGAGCAGUUUGAGUUCCCUCUUCCCGAAUUCGAACAGCGUCGCCAAAUGCUCGACCUCUUUAUGGACGAGUACAUCCGUCAGCCUACCAAGGCCGGCAAGGUUAUCGAGGUUGACCCCGCCAUUGACUCAGCCUAUCUCGAUGAGGUUGCCCGUAGGACCGAAGGCUUCUCUGGCAGACAGAUGAGCAAGUUGGUCCUGGCCUACCAGGCAUCAGUUUUCGGCUCGGGUGCUAAUAAGCUUACCAAGGGCUUGGCUGAUACCAUCCUCAACUGGAAGCUGGCACACUAUGAGGGGGAUGUGGACACCAUGCAACGGCACGAGGCUGAGGAGCUCAAGGCCAAGGCCCAGCAGAUGGUUGAGUGACGAGCAUGUUAUUUAUGAAGUACCACUACUACUACUGCUUUGACUGGGCCAGUAGCUGCAGGACCUAUCACUGAAGGCGGCUCGAUUUCGCCAUCCAUUCGUUUCGGUUUUCCUUCACAUCAUCAACGGUAGCAUUUCCG